CUCUAUUUUAGGAUCCCAGAAGUUUUUGCUAUGGGUUAGAGUGGAAGGCAAUUUAAGUAGGACCCAGAGGACUGGGUGAAGCUGGACUGGAAUGAUGAGGGGAGUUUGAUCAUCUGGAGAGAUCAGGUUGACAAUUUGCUCGAUGCAGCAUGCAAGGCUUCCCAGCCAGUUGACUCCCACAUAGCUGCACACUUAUCUAAAGAGGACACCAUUCAGAUGCUCUAAGCUCCAGUAGACCAUGGCAUCAGAAGCAGAGAAAACAUUCCAGCGGUUUGCUGUCUUCGGAGAAUCAUCUAGCAGGGGCAAUGAAAUGAACAACAAGAACUUCUCCAAACUGUGCAAAGACUGUGGCAUCAUGGAUGGCAAGAAGGUCACCUCCACUGAUGUGGACAUUGUAUUCAGCAAAGUCAAGAUCAAGAAUGCCCGAACCAUCACAUUCCAGCAGUUUCAAGAGGCAAUGAAGGAACUGGGCCAGAAGCUGUUCAAGGGGAAGAACCCAGAAGAAGCCCUGGAGAGCAUCUAUAAACUCAUGGAGGGCAAGGAUCCAGCUACCUCUGGUGUUACUAAAACAAGCACAGUGGGCGGGGUGAGCAGACUGACAGACACCAGCCAGUACACUGGUACCCAUAAGGAGCGCUUCGAUGAGAGUGGCAAGGGAAAAGGCAUCACGGGCCGGAAAGACAUGACUGAUGGCUCAGGCUAUGUGAGUGGCUACAAAGGCGCUGGCACCUACGAUAAGAAGAGUGGCAACUAGGGAGGAGCCUCAUCUUAGCCCGCCAUCCUGUGACCCUGCACCUUUCACACCAGGGAGCUUGGGAAACAAUAAAUGUCUCUGUGUGCUGCAGUUGACAAGCUCUG